GAGCGCGCGGGCGGCCGGGCGGCGGGCGCGAUGGAGCCGGGCGCUUCCCUAGCAGUCGCCCGCGGCCCGGCUCCGGCGUGGCCCCCGGCGAGCGGCGAGGAGGAGCUCUACGACUGCCUCGAUUACUACUACCUGCGCGACUUCCCGGCCUGCGGGGCGGGGCGCAGUAAGGGCCGCACGCGGCGCGAGCAGGAGCUGCGCACCAACCGGCCGGCGCCCGGCGGCCACGAGCGCAAGGUCGCGCGGAAGCUCCUCGAUGGCCAGCGCCGGCGGCGCCAACGCCAGCUGAGGCCCCGGCCGCGCACCCGCCUCACCUGAGCGCCUCCCGUCCGCUCGCCCCGGCUCCCCCCGACCGCAGGUGCAGCGUUGUAGCUGGACAGAAGAAGGGGCCGGGAAACGCAGAAGACGCCUUUGAAAUAACGCACGAGAGCUUUCCUUCCAGUGCUCACUCUCGGACUAAAGACGAUGACCGAUCCGUGUUUCUGUCUGACUCUGCAGGACAACCGAAGAGCCUGGUGAAAGCAUUUUCUCCGACUCCAUCCGUCACCGUGGUCCCAAGAGGGAGAGAAUCCCAGUUGGUCAACACAACUUUUCGACAUCGCUUAAGUUUACUGCUUCAUCUCCCUCUGCUAGUUCUUGAACACCACGUCCACAUUAAUCUUCCUGAGGAUCAUUUUAAUGAUGGGAAAACCCUCACUGGGUUCUCUAAGUUUGUCGAAUAAAAAACCUAG